GGAAAAAAAUGAAGCCAACAGGCACAGACCCAAGGAUCUUGUCUUUAGCUGCUGAAGUAGCGAAAAGUCCUGAACAAAAUGUUCCUGUUAUAUUGUUGAAGUUAAAAGAAAUAAUAAACAACACCCCUUUGGGAAGCUCAGAGUUGAAGAAAGUGAAACAAGAUAUAUAUUGUUAUGACCUCAUUCAGUAUUGUCUAUUGGUUCUCAGUCAAGAUUGUUCUCGAAUCCAGGGUGGUUGGACUACAAUUUCCCAGCUUACACAGAUACUAAGCCAUUGCUGUGUGGGCUUAGAACCAGGAGAAGAUGGAGAAGAAUUUUACAAGGAAUUACUUCCAUCAGCUGUCGAAAAUUUUCUUAUCUUGGGGAGACGAUUACAAACAUGUUUCAUCAAUGCAGCUAAGGGUGAAGAAAAAGAUAAAUUACUACAUUUUUUCCAAAUUGUGACAGAUUCUCUCUUCUGGUUAUUGGGAGGUCAUACUCAACUCAUACAGAAUGUACUGCAGAGUGAUCAUUUCUUACACUUACUGCAAACUGACAAUGUUCAAAUAGGAGCUACAGUCAUGACUCUGCUACAGAAUAUACUACAGAUCAACAGUGGUGAUUUACUGAAAAUAGAAGGAAAAAUCCUGCAUUCUAUUUUAGAUGAAAUUCUUUUCAAGCUUUUAUCAACUCCUAGUCCAGUCUUAAGAAGUAUUACUACAAAGCUCCUCCUAGUGCUAGCUGAAUCUCAUCAGGAGAUUUUGAUUUUACUGAGACUAAGUGCUUGCUACAAAGGACUCACAAGUCUACUAAAUAAACAGGAAAAUAUGACAGAAUUUAGUCGAGAACUUAGACAGCUGGUUGGUCUUUUAACCCCUAAAGUCCAUCAGGAAGUAGAAGAACAGAAACUACAUAAAGCAGCUUGCUUGAUUCAAGCCUAUUGGAAAGGUUUCCAGACCAGAAAGAGAUUAAAGAAGCUUCCGUCUGCUGUGAUUGCUUUGCAGAGGAGUUUCAGAUCUAAACGAACAAAGGCAUUGUUGGAGCUAAAUAGGCAAAAAGAAGAAAAAGACCUCAGAUUAAGAUUGCAGCUUCAAAGACAGAGAGCCAUGAGACUUUCCCGAGAGUCACGCUUGAGUAUGCUUGAAAUCGUUCAUCCAGGUCAACUGGAGAAAUACAAUAGGGAAAUGGAAGAGAAGUCAGCAUUGACUAUCCAGAAACAUUGGAGAGGAUACAGGGAAAGGAAGAACUUCCGCCAACAGAGGCCAGCUCUCACAGAGUAUAAAGCAGCUGUUACACUUCAAAGAGCAGUUCUUAAAUUCCUAGCAAAGUGUCGUAAGAAAAAUAAACUAUUUGCCCCUUGGCAUGGACUCCAAGAACUCACCGAUGAACGCAGAGCUGAACUGAAGCAACAAGUGGAUGACUAUAUUAGAAGACAUCCAUGA